AUGUUGGACAAUUUCGUUGGUCGCCCGAGUCUGGCGUGGAGGCGCAAGGAGACUACCAUAAUCCUCCUCUUUUCAAUCUACGGCCUUCUCACGUCAAGCAAACGUGGUCCGCGGUUUUUUUGGAUAAGGCCACUUAACAGAGCUCUCCAACGUUACACCCCAUGGCAAAUAAUUGCUGCAACUUUUUCUCUCCUGUACGCUAUUCGGAACCUUGACAAACUGUUUGGGCUCGAUGGUUGGUCGCAUGCUUGUACGUGCGACUACGCACCUGAAUUCAAUCGCGCGGCGUGGAUAAACACGGCUCUAGAUGCUGGCUUCGCUUCCGCUUUAUCCAUACGUCCAAAGUGGCUUCGUGACAUCUGUUCUAUUGGUUUCUUUAUGUACUACCUGUUUAACGGAGAUGAGGCAGAGGGCAAGGUUCGCAGGUUACGCGAGCUGUCUACCCUCGAGUUUCUCCGCGGUACGUGGGAUAAAACCAGCAAUAUCUAUUUGCGAGCAAUCACUAUCCCCGUCCGACCGUCCGUCCACAUUCGCCGUCAGAUAAUAAUUCAGCGCCCGAAGUAUUCGGAGCAUUUGCGCCCAAUAACAGCAUGGCUCUUCUUUGAUGGCACAGAAGCUGAGCUGAGUCAGACAACAGAACUAAUCUUAGACUUCCCUGGGGGAGGGUUCGUGGCGAUGAGUCCUACGCACCAUGAAGAACGUUUAAGGGCAUGGACGAAGAGAACUCAAAGGCCAGUAUUGAGUGUCGACUAUGGAAAGGCUCCAGAAUAUCCGUAUCCAUUUGCGAUUGAGGAGGGCUUUGAUCUGUAUUGCACCCUUUCAGAGUCCGGUGGACGUAUUAUUGGCAUGUCCGGCGCCAAAUUGGACGUCAUCCUCUCUGGAGACUCUGCCGGUGGUAACAUCGCAGUUAAUGUUAUGUUCAAGCUCAUUGAGGCAACUUCAUCCGAUCCAUCAUUGUCAACAUUGUCCUUCCCGAGACCAGUUGGCCUGGCACUCACUUACGCCGCGUUGAACUUCUCCUUUGGUUCUUGGGCAUGGCCAUCUCGGCCCACGCCAACACCAUCGUCCGCUGCCCUCGAUGAGCGUGCCGAAAAGCUGAAGCAUAUCAAGAGUUCCGGGGCUCUACUGUCGUCAUCAACUAUACUGCCGCCCACCGCUAAAGUUGUCAUCGGUUCGUUGGAAGAAAGGAAACUGCGAAACGGAGCGGCAAUACCAGCAGUCACGGCAUCAUCGCUACAAGACGAUUGGAGUCCAAACAAGACUAUUGUGCAUCAGCAAGCGCAUACAAGCCUUUUUGAGCAACGGCAAGCAGUGAUCACAGCGCUUGGGCCAGAAACGUUCCAAUCGCCCUUCGAAAGGGCAGAGAUCUCACAGUUGGCGCGGACAAGAUUGACGAUGUCAAGCAAGGCUGGAUACAUGCAUGAUCCUAUCAUUACACCAAGCAUGAUGUGGGCCAUGUGUCUUCUCUAUCUCGGGAAACACCCUCCUCCGGGUGUUGAGCGUGACUACCAUCUUUCCCCUCUUCUCGCGCCUUCGACACUGCUCGCCGAGCUUCCGCCUAUCCUUCUUCAAUGCGGAGCUCGUGACCCACUCAUUGACGACACCGUACUCUUUGGGGGGCGCGUGCGAGCGGCAAAGCGCGAGUCCGCACGUAUUCGGCGCUCAAGCAGCAAGACCGACCUCCCGACUCCUCCGCACGACGGAACGCUCCAUGAGGAAAUCCCCGAGGACGAUGUGACCGUACAGAUCUUCCCCGGGUGGAGUCACGGGUACUUGCAGAUGAGCGCGCUCAUGCCAAAAGCGAAACUUGCCAUUGAUGAUAUUGCAGUCUGGAUGCACUCGACGUUUGAGCACUCACAAAUAGGAGCCGAAGCUUGAAUCUGAAUUAUCUUGAAUCAUGAUUGUAAUUUGGGAUGAGGCGUAUAUUUAGGACUAGAUUUGCGAUGUGUAUGACCGUUUAUUGUACUGUAUCAAUGUAGUAGUAACACAGCAAAUAUAUACCAUAUU